UUUAGAAAUGUAGCAGGGUUUCUGUUCCUAUUGAGCUGAACUCCCCCUCGCAGAAGCAAGGGCUUGAGUCGAGCUCUGGGUUGGUCUUCAGAGGAUUAUGUUUAGUACUCAGAUGACAAAGUGACCAUAGCAGGAAGCCAUAGCCAGAUGGGAACAUUUUCAGCUUUUCCAGGUUUGGUAAAAUAUAGGUUUGCACUGGACUGUGUGUCAGAACUUUAAGAGAAACACAGAGUCCUGCACAGAGAGGAAACCAGGUUGGUGUUUCCUUAGUGCUGCAACCACAUAGAAGGUGCUCUUGGGUUAUAAAGCAAUUCAGGGCUUGUGUGGGCUACGGAAAACUGAGCUUCCUUGUAUCCUGAUAGUUCCAAAGCUCCAAAGUUUGCAUUUGCAAGGCUUGUUAUGGUAAAGCUGGAGUUGUAUGCAUAUUGAACUUGGCUAGUUAAUAUUUAGUAAUUUGCUAUUUUCAGAUAAAGCCAAGUAGGGAGUUUUCCUCUUGUGGCUGUGUGAAUCAGUGUUUUAUCUCAUAGGUCACUGGAUUUCAGCCCUGGCAGAAGUGUUUUCCUCUUGGGAAUGUGCUUAAGAAAUACCUGCAAAAUAAAGUUGCUUCUUUAGGCUGAGCAUAUAACAGCUGCAAAGUGUUAAAGUAGUUGAAUGCUUUCCAUUGUAAGAACUCAGCUGUAGAGGUUUCUAAGACAUUAGGGCAGGGUUCACUUAAGUGACUUUCUGACUUUGGUUUUUCUGACCUUGUGGGCUGCAAUUCUUCUGGUUGCCUCCCUCAGGCUGAGCAUUUUUUGAAGGCAACAACAGAAAACUUCAGAACAGCAAAGACAGAAUUGCUGCUAACCUUCCCACCUGGCCUAUGGAGCCACAAGGGAUUGUAAAAGCCUUUCCCAAGAGGAAGAAGGUGAGGGAUGACUCAGGGAAAAUCAUCCCUACAAAGAUCCUGAAAGAGGAGGGAACAGAGAUACCUGAGGCAGAGUGGCUGAAACCAGUCAUUGCCUACGUGCUGCAAGCCGGCAUUGGCCAGGCCAGGGCUGAGAUCUUCCACAGGCAGAUUGUCCAGAAUGGGGGUAUUGUACACAGCCAGCUCUCCUCGGAGGUGACACACGUCAUUGUGGCUGAGGACAUGGACUGUGAUCGCGCCUUUCGGCUCCUCAGAUUAACCAAGCUGCGCCCAGGGCUGCAGCUGGUGAAGGCAUCCUGGCUUAGUGCUUGCAUUAGAGACCAGAAGCUGCUGAGUACUGCUGGCUAUGGCAUCUUUAUCCCUCACAGGUACCUAGAGGAGGAAGAAUUCCAAAAAGAACAGCAACAGAUCCUGGACAUAGAAAAAAUUCAGCCCCCAGAAGAGGAGGGAGCAAUGAAACUGAAUACUGAAUCACAGGUGGAGGAUUCCUCACAGCAAGGCUUGGGCACCCUUGGACAGCAGCAACUGGCUGAGAAAUACUCUAAUGAUGAAGACAGUGAAGGAGAAGAUGCUGGUGUCACCCAGGGAGACCUAGAAGCAUUGAUUUCUGGCCGCUACCCUGUGAAAUCAUCAGAGAUCAAGGACACAGUGGCCCAGCCUCCCAGCAAGUGGGUUUGUGCCCAGUCUUCCAACACCAAGAAGGAAAAUCACAACCAGUUCAUCACAGAGAAGCUGGAAGUGCUGGCAAAGGCUUACUCUGUCCAGGGGGACAAAUGGAGAGCUCUGGGCUACUCCAAAGCAAUCAAUGCACUCAAAAGCUACCACAAACCAGUCACCUCCUACCAGGAAGCCUGUAAAAUCCCUGGGAUUGGGAAGCGGAUGGCAGAGAAGAUCCUGGAGAUCUUGGAGAGUGGGCACCUGCGCAAACUGGAUCACAUCAGUGAGAGUGUCCCUGUGCUGGAGUUAUUUUCCAACAUCUGGGGAGCAGGGGUCAAGACAGCUCAGAUGUGGUACCAGCAGGGUUUCCGGACACUGGAUGACAUCCGCACCAAGGCCACUCUGACCAGCCAGCAGGCUGUGGGGCUGAAGCACUACACGGAUUUCCUGGAGCGCAUGCCUCGGGAGGAAGCUGCAGAAAUAGAGCAGACAGUCAGACAAGCUGCCCUGGCCCUGAAGCCUGGCCUUGUGUGUGUUGCCUGUGGCUCCUACCGUCGGGGGAAGGCCACCUGUGGGGAUGUGGAUGUGCUGGUCACUCACCCAGAUGGGCAGUCUCACCGUGGGGUGUUCAGCAAGCUGCUCAACAGCCUCCGCAGGAGUGGCUUCCUUACAGAUGACCUGGUGAGUCAGGAGGACAAUGGUGAUCAGCAGAAGUACCUGGGCGUGUGCCGCCUGCCCGGGCCAGCGCAGCGUCACCGCAGGCUCGACAUCAUUGUGGUGCCGUACCGGGAGUUCGCCUGUGCCCUGCUCUACUUCACGGGCUCGGCUCACUUCAACCGCUCCAUGCGUGCCCUGGCCAAGACCAAGGGCAUGAGCCUGUCGGAGCACGCGCUCAGCUCGGCCGUGGUGCGGGGCCCUGGGGGUGCCAAGGUGUCAUCUGGCCAUACUCUGCCCACUCCCACCGAGAGAGAUGUCUUCAUUCAGCUGGGGCUGCCUUACCGGGAGCCCUCCGAACGGGACUGGUGAUGCCUGGUUGUCACCCUGGGCUUGCUGUUGUGCUGCUGUUUUGAAGGAUCUGAUUUCCCCAAUGGUGGAAAGGCUCUGUGGUGCCUGCAGGCUGAAGAACAAACUCCGGGGCUCCCUUGCAAGUGUAAGGCUGGCUGCUGGGCAGAGCUCUGUGGCUUCCUCAGCAGAGACUGUGGGCUGGAACCACACUGGAAAUGCUGUCUUGGUGUGGUUUCCAAAAGGGCUCAUUGCCCAGCAGCUACGUGGCUCUGCUGUCCCCAGCUUUGGAAGACCGGGCUGCAGGACCUUGUGAUCCAGCCCCUGACAGUGGUUGGAAACAAGGGAAGUGGAAUGCAUCUUCCUCUGUAUCUGAGCACUGAGACUCCGAAAUUUCUGUUCUGAGAUGUGAAUGAAGGUCUAGCUUGGUUCUCUGACAGGCCUUCCUCCUCACUUCUGCUGGCAGCUGCUACUGCAGGAAUCUCGAUGUGUUAACUUAUGCUGCUGCUCUGUCCUUCAGUCUGAGCUGAUGUGUCCUUUGAUGGGUCCCAUUGCACAGGGCCAGGCUGCUGUGACUGCUCCCAACCUUAUGUUGUGAGGAUCCUCCAGAUUUACUGAGAGCCCUGGUCUGCCCCAAGAGCUCCUUUCUUUUCAGUGCAGGAGAGGAGUGGAGCUUGCAGCUUGGGGAGCUGUGCUCAGGAAGGGUUUGAAUGUAAUGGCACUGAAUGUAAUCCUGCAGGGCUGUGUGUCUGUCUGUAGGAGGCAUGAAUACAGAAACACAAGGAGACAGUUAAGUUCUAAUUGUGCCAAAGCAAAGCUUUUUCCCUUUUUCUUUGUGUGGAAGCCAUGGAGCCAUCUGGUCUUUGAUCAGGGAAAGUGUGUGUGUGUGUGUGUGUGUAUACAUGUGCAUGUGGCUGGUCUCACCAGUUCCAUGGGAGUGAAUUUUAUUUCUCAGGAAACCUCAACUAUUUUAUAUUGUGGAGAUGAAUUUCCCAGAGAUAUUGAGUGCUCUGUUACAGGUAUUGCAGUGGUUGCUCCUGGCAGAGGUGCCAUGGUGGGCAUUUCUGUGCCAGGGCUCUGGGGCUCUUGCUCCCUUGUGGGGGAUCUGGCCCUGUCACGUACAGUGGCAAAGCUGCAUGUUUGCUGCUAGGGCAGGCACAAACCAGGUGGGUUUGUACAUUUUCUGUGGCUGCUGGGCACCAGCAGGGCUGGGGCUUUGCUGGGGUGGCCCAGACCCCAGCAGUGACAUUUGUCAGCUGAGCCUUUAUACUGGACACCUGAAGGAAAUGUCUUUUGGCAUGUCUUGGUGCUUUGAAAUUUGAAGUGUAAUAAAUAAAUCCCUUCUCUUUGCCCUUGG